AUGUCUUCCCAAUCCGGCGUCGAGAACCCGCUGCUGCACCCGCUGCUGUUCCUGUACCAGGUGCUGCAGUGGCUCAUCACCUUGGCCCUCGCGCCGAAACCGCCCAAGGACGCGACGGCGUCCAAUCGGCCCCGGAUUGCCAUUAUCGGCGCCGGUCUGACCGGUGUCACAGCCGCGGCGCACUGCGCCGGCCACGGCUUCAAUGUGCAAAUCUUUGAGGCCGGCGACGAAGAGGCCGUCGGCGGCAUCUGGACUGCUGACCAACUCAAACAGCGCGUCAACAGCACCUCGGGCCUGCAGAUCCACUCCCUCAUGUACCGCUUCCACCCGGCCGUCACCUGGCAAAAGGGCUACCCCAACAAGACGCAAAUCGUCGAGCAGAUCCGCCACAUCUGGAACCUCUACAAGCUCGACCAGCACACCAAGUUCAACUUCAAGGUCGACAAGGUCUACCAGGACAACCAGGGCCGGUGGAUCAUCAACGACCCCUCCAAUGGCCGCUUCGACGGCCUCGUCGCCGCCAUUGGCACCUGCGGCGCGCCCAAAAUGGCCAAAAUCGACAAUGCUGAGAGCUUCCAGGGCAAAAUCAUCCACUCCUCCCAGCUCGACGACAUCGACGUCAAGGGCAAGAAAAUGGCCAUUAUCGGUGGCGGCGCGUCGGCCAUCGAGGCGCUCGAGUUUGGCAUCGCCAAAGACGCGGCGCAAAUCUCCAUCCUCUCGCGCUCCGACAAGUGGAUCAUCCCGCGCAACGUCGUCGUUGACGCGCUGCUCAGCAUGAACAUCUUUGGGCAGGAGACGGUGCUGUCGUGGAUCCCCGAGAUGCUGCUCCGGCGGCUCUUCUACCGCGACAUGGCGGACAUUGCGCCCUCGGACGUCGGUCUCUUCACCGACACGCCCAUGGUCAACUCGGACAUCAUGGGCCAGCUGCGCGAGGGCAAGGCCGAGUGGAUCCGCGGCGACAUCGAGGGCUUCACGGAGCGCGGCGUGCGCGUCAACCACCGGGCGGCGGGCGUGCCCAAGGGCGGGCCCGGCAGGGACCGCGUCGUCGACGCCGACGUCGUCGUGCUCGCCACGGGCUUCAAGCGGCCCAGCCUGUCCUUCCUCCCCGACGACUGCUUCGAGGCGCCGUACGGCCCGCCCAACUGGUACCUGCAGACGUUCCCGCCGCCGCACCCGAGCCUGUCGGCCAUCAACUGCACCUACGUCGCCGCCAUCGGCACCGUCGGCAACUGGCACAUUGGCAUCUACACGCGCAUCAUGCUCAUGUUCAUCACUGACCCCCUUGCCCGCCCCUCCCCCUUCUGGAUGCGCCGCUGGAUCGGUCUGACCCGCUUCCUCAAGUCGUACUCGCCCACGCCCGCCUUUGACUUCUUCACCUACCUCGAGCUCGUCUGGUGGUUCGCGUUUUGCGUCGCCAUCAACCCGUUCCGCUGGAAGUGGGCGCUCUUUGUCCUCUUUGGUGUCGGCUUUGACCUGCCCAACAAUUUCUCAGAGCUGGAAAAGCGGGUGCUUAAAACAGACGGGUAUCAGAAGCUGGAUCAAGGCCGAAGUUUCUAG